UUACAGUUAUAUAUUUACAAAUUCAGACAUAAUUCUAUUCUUUUUUCCGAAGCAUUGUUACCGCAUAGUGAGUGAUUAUGUAUUUUACUUGGAUACUCAUGAUACUAUGCGUUGAAAUAUUACAUGGACAUCGAAUCCCCGAAGAAGGUUCGCAGGGCCAACAAAAACAUCCGCGUAACAAAAUCGUAAGCGAAACUUUUAAAAAACACUCCAAGGUAAUGCAGCAAGAACCAGAGCAUCUGGAAAUGUUCUCGACAGAAGCAGAUAUAGAAGGGAUUACCGAUUGGUUUCAAGCGCGGAAUUACUAUUACUACAAACUAUUUGACGAAAAUGCCACCCAGGCAGAGGCGAAGGCAACUUGUAAGUUACACGGUGGCCUACUGGCAUCGGCAGGAAUUCGAGAUGAAAGCGUUCGCAGAGAACUCGUAUUCAACUUGCUCAGGACUGGAAAUUCCGACACUUGGAUUGGUUUGAACGACAUUGGAGAGGAAAACAAGUUUAUUUGGGAAGAUGGUAUGCCGACAAGGGGUAUUCUAUGGUAUUAUCGUCAACCUGACAACGAUGGUGAUCAAGAUUGCGUUGAGAUGGGUCCUGGCUAUAAUUGGAGGCUGAACGAUGAAGAUUGUAACGAAAAAAAUAAAUAUUUAUGCGAGAUCGAACCAUAAUUUCACAUUUAGGGGACUGAUAAUGCAUAAAUCAUAAUUAACAUUAAACGAUAUUUAACCAAGAUGGAUGGGUAUUAAACUUAUAUCUCAUCAAACUCAACUGUCAACAAGAAGAUAAUUAAAUCCGCAACCAUUAUAAUGUAUAAGCAAAUGAUGAGAUUCAUGAGGUGAUAUUAGCGAACCUGUUCUUGAAAUCUUGUGUUAUUAGCGCACUUGUUCUUAUAAUCUCGUGAUAUGAUAGCGAACCCGUUCUUGAAAUAUCGUGAUAUUAGCGAAUUUAUACUUGAAAUAUUGUGAUAUCAGCGAACCCGUUCUUUAAAUAUCGUGAUAUUAGCGUAUCUGUUUUUAAAAUUUUGUAAAGUUAGCUCGUGAUAUUAGCGAUCCCGACCCUAAAAUAUUGUGCUAUUAGCGAACCUGUUCUUGAAAUCUCGCGGAAUUAGCGUACCCGUUCUUAAAAUUUUGUGAUGUUAGCGAAUUUAUUCUUGAAAUAUUGUGAUAUUAGCAAACCUGUUUUAAAUAUUGUGGUAUUAGCGAACCCGUUCUUUAAAUAACGUGAUAUCAGCAAAACUGUUCUUGAAAUCUCGAGAUAUUAGCGAACCCAUUCUUGAAAUCUCAUGAUAUUAACGAACCCGUUCUGUUAAAACAUCGUGCUAUUAGCGGAAUUGUUCUUGAAAUCUCGAGAUAUUACCGAACCCAUUCUCGAAAUCUUGCGAUAUUAGCAAACCUGUUCUUGGAAUCUCUUGAUAAUAGCGAACCCGUUCUUGAAAACUCGUGAAAUUAGCGAACCCGAUCUCGAAACCGCGUGAUAUUAGCGAACCUGUUCUUGAAAUCUCGUGAUAUUGGCAAACCAGCCCUUGAAAUAUCGUGAUAUUAGCAAACCUGUUCUUGAAAUCUUUUGAUAUUAGCGCACCCAAUCUUUUAAUCUCGUCAUAUUGGCGAACCUGUUCUUGAAAUCUUUUGAUAUUAGCGCACCCAAUCUUUUAAUCUCGUCAUAUUAGCGAACCUGUUCUUGAAAUCUUUUGAUAUUAGCGCACCCAAUCUUUUAAUCUCGUCAUAUAAGCGAACCUGUUCUUGAAAUAUCGUGAUAUCAACGAGCCCGUUCUUAAAACAUAGUGAUAAUUAGCGAAUCCCUCCUUGAAAUAUUGCUCGUUAAAAGCGCAACCCGAUAUUGAAAUAUUGUUCUAAUUAGCGAACCUGUUCUUAAAAUAUCGUGAUAUCAGCGAACUCGUGCUUGAAAUAUCGUAAUAUUAGCGAGCCCGUUCUUGAAAUCUCGAGACAGUAGUAAACUCGUCCUUGCUUUAGUGUUUGAACAGGCGCAGCAAAUACCGCAAUCGACAACGAGCGUUAUAUUUGGCAUUUUGAAAGUUUACGUCUAGGAAAAAAAAGUUCUAAUAUGCAUUCGUGAUGACGACACCCUUUUAUUAAACCAGUGUCCGUGUAUGGGUAUCGUAUUAGUUUGUGUCCCAAUAAGAAAAUACGUUAUAAUAUGUAUAUUUGAUUUAGACAUUCUCUUUUUGAACAGUGUACACUGUACGUAAUACUUUUUGUCACCGAAUAAUUUUCUUUUACCAUGAUUGUAUAUAUCUGAAAUAAACAUGAUUACUAACCAG